AUGUCUUCUGAUGAAGAAGAAGAAGAUAUCAAAUCUUCUUCGGAAGAACUCUUGACAAGAUCAAGCUCUUCUGCAACUGUAAGUUGUUUUUUUUUCAAAUACUAAAUCUAUUUGUUUCGAGAUUUCAGAUAAAUCUCCAAGACUGGAAUCCUCUCACAUCCCCGAUUGCUGUUAGAACAAGAUCAAGAAUUGCUGCAAUCCGAAAUGCCACCAAUGCUCAGUUAGCUGCUCUAGGAUUGCCAACAAGCUCUUUGCAGAAUUCUCAUGUAUCAGAAUUUUUUCUAGACCCAGAUGUGAGUUUUUGUUCAGAUCUAUGUUAAGAUAUAAAUACAUUAUUCAGCCAGAGCCAAGGCGUCGAAGAAAUGCUCGAAGACAAAAUCAGGAUGCUGAUGAUAUAGGAAGUUUGGAAGUAAAUUCGAAUUCGGUUGAAAAUCCUGCUGCUGUGAAAAAUCUAGCCGAAGAUACUGAAGACAGCAGUGAAGAAGACGAAUCUACAGACAGUGAUGAAACCUCAGAUAGUGAUGCUACUGAUCGAGGGGAAGUUACAGAUAAAGUUGAAACUGAUGCAGGAAUUAUCAAUGACAAAGAAGAGUCUUCAGACAGUAGUUCAACAACAGAUAGUGAUGCAACUGAUCGAGGAGAACUUAGUGAUGGCGGAGAAUCCGAUAAUUACGAAAAAUUAUAUGAAAUUGAAGAAAUGACACCAACGAGAGACAAUAUAAAAGUUGAAGAUGAAGAUGAUGAAUAUCAUCAACAUGAUCCUAAUCUUGUGAGUUUUCUUGUUCGCUAUGGUUAUAUUUGCUGCUCCAAAAAGUUGGAGAAUUGCAAAAGGUCCGAUUGCACUUUUUUAUUGAAAUAAUAAAACAACAAAAUCGAACGAAAAAGUUUCAUGAAAUUCGGACCGCUUUUCAAAUAUAAUAUGUUUUUUUGAGUUUCGAGAUUGAUGUAUAAGGAAGCUGAUGUUAUUCAUCAUUUAUGAAUUUUAAAACAAUCCUAAAUUCAAAUUCGCACAAAUGAUCAUACAUUUUGUAAAACAAAAUUUUUUAGCCUUCGACAAGUGAUGGAAGAGGUCAAUGA